AUGGCGAUCGAAUACCCGCCUUCAACGCCCAUGUCCUCGCUGGGCCGCGAGUUAGGCAUUAUGUUUGCAUUUAUUGGGGCUGGUUUGGUGACGAUGGCCAUUUACACAUUCGCUUGGAAGGUCGUCCAACGUAAAAACCUCGCUCAGGAUCUCGACCGUCGCAAAGCUUUCCACAGUCGUACAGCGCCCGCGGCAGAUACCCGACUCCUUGGGAGCCCGACGGCAGUCUCCCAUGGGCGAAGCGAGCGAAUUGCGGAGAAAAUGUUGGAUCGGUAUGCUAUUCCUACGGAUCGGGCUGAGUUGCCGGUUCAUGGGAUGGAGAUGGGACUGAGGAGUUCUGGUCAGGGCCAGGGUCAAGGUCACGGCUGGAUGAAUGGGAAUGGGAAUGGGAAUGGUCACGGUGGUGAAGGGUUUGAUUUUGGAUUCGGGGCUGGGUCCGGGUCUGGAGCUGGGUCAGGUACCUCUGGCCCAGGGGUUGUGGGGGAGAGAUCUUCUGUGAUUGAUGAAAUUGAUAGGCCUGAUAUUCCAGGACUCUAG